UCGUACGUCUUGGCUGGUGAAAUAUUCCACCUUAUCCGUUUUCUUGAGGCCGUCCAGGAGCCAAUUUUUCUUCAUUUCUAACCAUCUUCGCCGACAACGACCCGGCGGGCGUUACAUUAAGAAGCCCUUCCAGGACGUUUCCCGUUGAUCUACUACCGUCCUGAUUGCCGAGUCUUGUCGCAGCCGCAUCGAUGACGAGCACUUUCUCAUUUUUUAAGGCCGCCUCUAGGUGGUCGAAAAACCACAAAUUUUUUUUGACCAGUUUUGGUGUGUUAGCUGGUGGCGGUAGUUCCCUAAUUUAUGCACUUGAACAGUCAAUUCAUGCUUCUAAUGACGCAGCUCAUGUGGCUAAACAAAAAUGGAAUCAUAACGGAUGGUUUGAUACUUUAGACCAUGCAAGUGUCCGUCGAGGCUGGGAAGUGUACAAAAAUGUUUGUGCAGCAUGUCAUAGCAUUGAAUACUUGGCAUAUCGUGAGUUAGUUGGAGUAUGUUUGACCGAAGAUGAAGCCAAAGCUGAAGCUGCGGAACAACUGAUUGAUGAUGGACCUGAUGAAACCGGUGCCAUGUACAAAAGACCUGGAAAAUUAUCGGAUUUGUUACCAAAACCUUAUCCAAAUGAAGAAGCUGCUCGUUAUGCUAAUGGUGGUGCAUACCCACCAGAUUUGACUUACAUUACUCAAGCUAGAAUAGAUGGAGAGAAUUACAUCUUUGCUUUGUUGACUGGUUACAUGGAUCCACCUGCGGGAGUUACAUUAGCAGAAAAUCAACACUAUAAUCCUUACUUCCCUGGAGGUGCUAUUGGAAUGGCUCAAGCUUUAUAUGAUGAGAUUAUCGAAUAUGGUGAUGGAACUCCAGCUACACAGAGUCAGUGUGCGAAAGAUGUUAUCACAUUCUUAAAAUGGUGUGCAGAACCAGAACAUGAUACUAGAAAAUUAUUUGCCAUGAAAGCAUUUACUAUCUUAGGAGUGCUCAACUUGGUAGUUUGGUACCUGCAUAGACAUUAUUGGUCAGUGUUGAAGAAUCGAAAGAUUUUACGAAGCCCAUUGUUCAAAAAGUAAACGGUCCUAAGAUAGUAGUAAAACUUAUGAUAUUCAUUUUUGUUUAAACAUCCUAUGUUGAUUUUAUUGUUCAAGUUCUGUCUAAAAAUAUUCAAUUUUUAUAAGUUAACUUCUACAAUAAAAUUUGUGAAAUUGUUUAUCAAAAAACUAAUUUUCUAGAGCAUACAAAUCCUAUUCACUGGCCAUACUAUACAGAAGCAUUAAUUUUUAUUACUACUAUUAAUUAGUAUUCCUAUCACUCCAUUAUUUAUUCUGAUAAUGAGUAUGUACAUGAUUUAUUAUUAUAUAACCUUCUGGUAUACAACUGUUACAAUUAAAGUUUGAAAAAUAAUCCAAUAUUAGUUAUAAUUUUAAAAGGUUUUAAUAUCAAGUUUUUUUUAAAACUAUUAAAAUUAUUUAAUAUUAUUAUAAAAUGCAUUUGCUGUUUGCCAACUAGAUUGUCAUUGAAUACAAUAUUUAACAACUAACAACAUAUAUCAUAGGUAUUAUAUAAGUCUUGUACAGUAUCAUUUAGACUAUUUCCAUCCGUGCUAUUAAAAUUACGACAGCAGUUAAUAAUAUUAUUAUCAACCCUGUUUAUAUAUAAUUGUUAUUAAAUUGUUUUGUUUAUUGAAA